GGGACGGGUGCACGAUCCCUGAAAAUGUCAUUGUCCCUCCACAUGACAACAAACAAACUAAUGAACCAAUCCCUUCCCUGAGCUAACUUUUUGCCCUCUCCUCCUCCUUCAUUCAAUUCAAUUGUGGGCCUACCUAGCUCCAGCUAGCAAGCAGCUUUUUAUUUUUAUUUUAUUUUUAUUACAUGCUAAAUCACUUUCUGUGCCACUAUAUAAGCCUAUCAAGAGACUCCCCAAACUCUGCAUAACAAUUAUAGUAUCUCCAUUCCUUCUCUCUAGCUUCGCUGCAAUGGCAUCAACGGUUUUGGGCCUGGCCGUGGCAGUAGCCAUCUUGGGCUGCAGUCUGGUAGCCCACGUGGCGGAGGGUAGGGCUUUUUUCGUGUUUGGUGACUCGCUGGUCGACAAUGGCAACAACAAUUACUUGGCCACCACGGCUCGCGCCGACUCGCCUCCUUACGGCAUCGACUCUGCCUCCGGCCGCCCCUCCGGCCGCUUCUCCAAUGGCCGCAACAUCCCCGAUUUCAUCAGUGAAGCACUUGGGUCGGAGCCCACAUUGCCGUACUUGAGCCCAGAGCUGAACGGUGAAAGGCUGCUCGUCGGUGCCAAUUUUGCUUCCGCCGGCAUUGGGAUCUUGAAUGACACUGGCGUUCAGUUCGUGAACAUAAUAAGGAUGUUCCAGCAGUACCGAUACUUCGAGCAGUACCAAGCACGGCUGGCAGCGCUGAUCGGGCCCGAGCAGGCCCAGCAAGUUGUCAACCAAGCCCUAGUGCUCAUCACCGUCGGCGGCAACGACUUCGUCAACAACUACUACUUGGUCCCGUUCUCCGCUCGCUCCCGCCAGUACGCCCUCCCGGAUUACGUGAACUACCUCAUCUCCGAGUACAGGAAGCUCCUCGAGAGGCUCUACGACCUCGGAGCCCGCAGGGUUCUGGUCACCGGCACCGGCCCGCUCGGUUGCGUGCCGGCAGAGAGGGCCAUGAGGGGCGUCGCUGGUCAGUGCGCUCCUGAGCUCCAACGUGCGGCGGCGCUCUUCAACCCGCAGCUCACUGAUUUGAUUGGGGAGCUGAAUUCGGAGCUUGGGGAAAGCGUGUUCAUUGCUGCUAAUACUAGGAUGAUGACCAACGACUUCAUCAGCAAUCCCGAGGCUUUUGGGUUUACAGAUUCAGAAGUUGCUUGCUGCGGGCAGGGGCCGUACAACGGGAUAGGCCUGUGCACCCCGGCCUCCAAUUUGUGUCAGAAUCGGGAUGUGAAUGUGUUUUGGGAUGCUUUCCAUCCAUCGGAAAGGGCCAACGGGUUCAUCGUCCAGACAAUCCUGAACGGUUCUCCCGAUGUUAUCUCUCCGAUGAAUCUCAGUACCGUCUUGGCCAUGGACAACUUCUCUUAGUGCAGUUUUAACUGUCUAGUCUUUUCAUAUGUGUAAAAGUUUGUAGCUUCCGUACGUCGGCUGUGUUGUUUCGGUGGGUACCAAUGGGUUAUGACUAUGAGGGGAAUAAAGUUUGUAGUGCAGGGUUUGUGAGAUGCUUUUCUUGGGGGAAAACUCCCUGAUCAUUGGAAGGAUUGUAUUCAAUGUAAUUUGCUUCAUUUUUAGUUGCUUGGUGAUUUGAUUUUGGCAACUUGUUUUAUCAUUAGUUAUUGUUGUCGUAUGUCAGACAUUUCAAAUAUAUAUAAGCUUAUUUUUUUUUCGUUGAA